AUGAUGCCUGGUAGCGGCCAGUCGCUCCACAAAGCGCUCCCGCAGCCCUGUCUGCGCGGCUCUCAGCCCCUCCCUGUGUCCCUCGCUGCCUCCGCAGCCCGGGCCUCAACCCCAGCCCCGGCUCACGUGGACGAUCAUCGGGGCCCCCGGGGCUCUCGGGCUCCCACAGCGAGCCUCCCAGGGGCCCUUCCCGUGGUCCCUCCUGGUUCCACCUUCCCACACCCCACAGCGCUCACUGCCCGCCGGGCACAACGGCCCCCCGAGCGCUCACUGCCGGCUGGGGCCGGUGCGGAGCCCACACCCCUGACCUCCCGCCUGAAGGACGGCGACCCGCUCUCAGUGCUCACAGCCGUCAGCGACCCCACGCCGAAAUUCACAGAGAACCCCAGGGCUGCCAUGCACCGAAGGGUCAUUUUCCAGGAGCCUCGCUGGGACUUGGCUGGAGUUCCUCGCGUGCUGACCCAACUCCCAGGGCCUGGAAGGAAGGCGGAUUCUGCGAGCGAGCUCUCCGGCGGCCGCUGCCGGCACGCCCACCCCCCGCCCCGCAGGCCUGGCGCGCCCCUCCUGAUUGUGCCUCCGUCCACCAGCCCGGCCCACCUUCCCACGCCACCGCGGCCUUGCUCUGCCCCUGAUCCAGUGUCACCCGACAUCCCGGCCACGCGGAAGGGACCCCCGGCCACGUGGAGGCAGAUGGCACCCUCCCCCACCAGGGCUUUGGGGCGCGGCGGGGGCGUGAAAGAGAGAUCCGGCGACAUCACAGCCGAUCCCGAGGCCCGAGUGGACCCUCCGCACUCGCCUGCCGUGCGCGGUCACCGCUGGGGCAGCCUGGCCUGCAGCUUGGUGUCACAGGAAGACAUCCCUAUCUGGCCUCCCCUGGCUUCCGGCUCUGAUGACCGGCUGCACGGUGUGGAGCUGACCCGUGGGCACUUCCGAGGGCAUCGGGCCCUCUGGCUCUUGCCCACCACAGGCUCCCAUAGGGUCUCCCCGCAGCCGGGCUUCGGGGUCCUGGAACCACCUGGCCGGCGCCAGAGCGGGCCUCUUAGCUCCACUGUCCCCGGAUUGGAUGGGCAGCUGAGAGUUGGAGAUGAGUCAAGUCCGGGGACCCGAGCGAGGGCAGCUGGGGGGUUUAAGACUCUGCCGUCCGAGUCCCAGCCCAGCUUACCUCCCCCCGGGCCCUGUGUUCCCCCGGAACAGGGCGAGCGGAAAUUCCCCGAGGAGGGUGACAACAGGGCUCACGCCCUCCCCAGCCGCUUCCUGGCGGCUCGGCCUCCGGGCCCUGGUGACCAUGGGCGACGUGGGUCCUCCGCAAAGGCUGGCAAAGACAGCAGCGGCGGGACCUCCCCGGUGCUCCCCGGCUCCCGCAGACCCAGCCACACCACUCCCACAGUGGGCGUCCACGCAGGCCGCUCCCGCCGUGGGUACCACGGAGCACAGCGGGAACGCCGCCUCUCCCCGGAUCUGAUUGUUCCUUGGGAUGAAUUCACCAAACGGAAGAAUGUUCCAGAAAACAGCAGGAUGGGCAGAGCGCGGCGCAGCAGCGGCGGCGGCGGGGCGGCUCGGUGCCCGGCGGGCGGGCGGCCCGUCUGCGCGGCCCGGGCGGCCUGCGGUCGGGAUGAGGACUGCCCUCCGCGCCCAGAGCGCCGGGGCCGCCGCGGCCGUGCCGGGAGCUCGAUCGUGUCCGCCAGCGCGGCGAACGGAGCGGGGCCCUCGGAGCGGGAGGUGAGUGUGGCCGCGCGGCGCCUGGGCAGUGCGCGGGGACCGGGGGUUUGCGCGGCGGGUCACCUGGCCGCCCGCGACCCGCCACGUCCCGGGCGCCCUCGGCGGCGCGCUCCGGCGGGGCCGGGCGACCCUCCCCGCGGGCCCCCCGACCCCGCUCGCCCGGCCCGGGACGCGCCGCGCCGCGAACGCCAGGGCGCGCCGGGGGCUCGGCGGGGGCCGCGGCGCUUCGAGGCCGGCCUCCGCCCUGCCCGGCGCCGCUCGCGGAGCCCGGGCCGGCCCCGCGGGGCACUUCGCAAAGUGCAGCCCGGCGCCCGCCGCUGCGUGCCCGCCGGGGCCGCAGAGCGGGGCCUCCGGAAAGCCGGGCCUCCGGGGAGCGGGGCCGGGGCGGGGGCGCGCGCGCGGCCGCGGGCCGGCUCAUUCAUUGCGGGCCGGAGCGGCUGCCCCCACCCCCACCCCCACCCCCACCCCCGGAGCCCGGCCGCCGCCUCCUCCGGGCUGCCCCCGGGGCGUGCCGCCCCCGCGCUCGGCCGGGCGCGAGCCGGCCAGGGCGCCAGCGGGGGCAGCGCGCGGGCCCGGGCGGGUCUUUCGGGCGCCCGGGGCUCCCCGCCGCCGCGCUCUUGCGGGGAGGCCACGCGGCGCCCACACCCGGCCCGCGCCCCUGGCCGGCCGGGCGCGCCUAGGGAGUCGGGGCCGGAGGGACCCGUGGGGACGCGGCGCCGCGCGGCGGCGGCCGGAAGGGAAGUGCUCGAAGCCUCUGGGAGCCGCCGCGGAGCCGUGCCCCCUCCCCCAGGGCAGCCUCCUCUCGCGGGGGGCCUGGAGGGGGAGCAGCGUGGGUGUGGGGACCCCUCAGAGCCCCCGGCCAGCGCCCGCGCCCUGGCUGCGAGGCCAGGACUAGGCAGCGAUGCCCCACAGGGGCCGGGUGAGGCCGCCUUCCGGGCACAGCUGGACCCCAGGGACGGCGGCCGGCGCGGGGCGGAGGCCGCGGGGCCGUGA